CAAAGUUUCAUAAUCAAUUUAUGGCCCAACCCCACCAGUAGCUAGCUACACGUCUCUUUUCUUAAGAUCUGGGUGAGCCCUAACCUAUUCCUUGUCCACGUAAUGCGGCAUAUGUUUGCUUAAAUUUUCAGGGAAAGGUCUAUGACUUGACAUCUAACUCAGGAAAUAAAGAAUUUACUACUAGAAAGAACUUUUUAACUUUCUUGAGCUGGAAAGAUUAGUCUUUGCUAGCAAAUAAAGCCUGUAAGUCGUAUUUUCAGUGGUAAAAAUAUUCCGCGCACAGUAUUAAGAUCCUUUAGGCACGUACGUUAUAUCAGAGAGAGGUGCACAAACUGAUUUCAAGCAUUGCUCCACAUCCAACCAAAUACGCGGGUAGUGACAGGUAAUCAAUUCACUCAUGUACAGGCAAUAAAGUUACUUAUCAACUGACCGUCAUUAUAUAUUGACAGGUAUUGUCUAGGAUCGAUCCUGUGUCACCGGUCGGCUGUCAUACGCCUUGUGGAUAAAUCGCGUUGCCUUUUUCUUCAUACAGUGAUAUGAUUCCACCAGAAACGAGAGAUGCAUGGUUCAGCUCAGCAGAUGCCUAAAAUUCUCCACAUGGUUAUUGACACCGACCUUUUUGCAAUGGAUAUAGAGUCAAGACGUCAGUUAUAACCCUUUAACCAAUCGCCGAUCAUACUCAGAGACGUUAAAUGGCUUUCUUUUGCCCGUCCGUAAUUGGGAGGAAUAGGAAACCUGCCAGCUCAGGGAAGUUGAAAGUUUACACAAUGAAAAAAGCGAGGAAAAGGAAGUUGCAUACAUUGAAUGCACUAUUACCAGGCGGCGGCGGAGAAACAGAGCUGGGUUUUGACCAGCAAGAUGAGGAUGAUAGUGACAGUGGUAUAAGUCAGGUGUAUAACCCAGUCAGUACAUACAGCCGCGCACAGUUCUCCCUUCCAGACAUUGCAAAAACUGAACUAGCAUCAAAACUUUUAGCCGCGACUCCAACUCAUCCUGCUCACAUUAAGGCCAGAGUUCUUUGGAAAUAUAAUGCCGUCGAACGAACAGACUUGCAAGUCGAAAAAGGAGAAAUAAUUCUGCUUCUUUACCGAGAAAAAAACAAGGUUUAUGUAGUCAACAGCAAAGGAAAAAGUGGUUUUAUACCCUUUAAUUACUGUACUGUAUUAAGGAAAAACGAUUUUGUCUCGAAUGUUUACCAUCCUCAAAGUGAGCGAACGAACUACAAACAAUGUUCUUGGCAAGUAAAUGGCUGUCAUCACGAGUUUGUAGAUGCCUCCUAUUACUCAAGAACAGCGAAGACUACUAAUUCCCACAUUCACCGAAGUCGGAGUGAAGAAUCUCUUUAUUCUCGCAACGACAAUGAAUCAUUAAAUAGGAAAAUUUCAUCGUCACUAGAAGACUUAUCCGACGACAAUCAAAUUGCCACGAUGAUUUCCGAUCUUAUUCACUGGGAUCGCAAAGCUCCUGAGACCUUUAGACGUCGACAGAAAGUUCAAGUAAGCCAUUUCCGAAAGUUUGAAAAUGAAGUUGUUAUGGUUUUGUUUGACUUUCAUGCCGCUGAUGAGAAUGAUGUGGACGUUCAGCGAGGAGAAGUUGUGACGGUUCUCAAUAGAGAUGAUCAGGAUUGGUGGUGGGUAAUGAGAGAUGAUGGACUGGAAGGAUUCAUUCCAAGUUCUUAUGUGUCUAUUGAAGCAGUUCGAAUGUCUCCUGAAUGUACACCCAGGAGUACAGACAGUUCACUUGGUAGCUCAGAGGGAAGCAUUAAUCAAGUUAGGUUCCAGGAUCCACUCUGCACUAUACACAGUUACGAAAUAGAGCACUCGGACUCAGACUCCUUGGUACCAAAUGAAACACACGACUCAGAUAACGAAGAAAUGUACAUGGAUUCAAAGUGGAGUACGUGGUGUUGAAGCGAAAAUAAAUUAGGGUCCGUCUCUUGAGCGUGGAUAAGUAAAUUACCAUUCCGCGUAAAUAACAGAGUUUGUCAGAUAAAAUUGCUUUUCGGGAAGUUUUCAGAAUAUUUCUUUUGAAUUUUUUCCUCGGCCUUGUUUAGAUCUGAAGUAUUAUUUUCCAAUCAAUUCUGCAUGCUGAUAAGGGAAACUUUUUUUAGUCAAUAAAAUCAGUAAUAUCAGCUUUCCGUCUGCUAGUUCUCCUUUUAAAACAUGUCAUGCAAUUGUUCUGUUGUGUGCAUUUCCUUUAAGACUGAUGUAAUGAGAAAGAAUUGAAAUUCAAGUUUGUCCUUAAACUGUUGUGUAUAAGUUUGUGAGAAUCAUGAUAAUAAAAUGUGGCACCAUGUUCUAUUUU